GAUGCCACAACUAGAACAGAAAGGAGUUCUGCAUUGAUCUUACACAUUGUUCCCCAUCGAGCAUCGAACAAUGUUUUCUGCCAAGUGCUUCAAGAUCUUUUUAUUCAAGUAUAGAUCCUUACAAAGGACAGAAAAUUUACAACCAUUCAUUAAUUGUGGCCGAAAAUAUCCCCCGUUGUCUAAUUAAUAGAACAAAUUUGAGAGUAGGACAAAUUUUUGAGUUGCACUGAAAGAAGUGGAACUUGAGUGGAGAAAACACAGUGGAGCCACUCAUGAAUAUAUCUUAAUGAGCAAACAUUAUAUCUGAACGAGUUAGUUGUGUACCUGAGUAAAUAUGCUCAAUAGCUAUCACAGACACUAUUUUUUUCCGCCAUGUAAAAAAUACUGUUUAUCGUAACUAUAAUCAAUCAAUACAUAGCAAAGUUCAUCCCAAAUGGCUUGACACAAUCCCGACGUUGACAUAUAAACGUGUCAACAUCCUUAAACAAUUUAUUACCCAAGGCCUUACCAUGUGCCUUAACAGGCAGUAUUUGUGUAUAUAUAGACCAACCAGCAUGACUCCAAUCCAUCCAUUACCAAAGGAAAAAAAAAGCCAGCAAAAAUGGCGUCCAUCCAGGACAAGCAUAGUUCUCAGGAGUUGCUCCAGGCCCAAGUUGAUCUUUGGCACCACGCGUUGGGAUUUGUCAAGUCCAUGGCACUCAAAUGUGCAAUGGAACUGCAAAUCCCCAACACCAUUCAACACCAUGGUGGGUCUAUGACCCCUUCGGAGUUGGCCAUGAAGAUCGGACUCCAUCCGUCUAAGCUUCCCCGCUUACGACGACUCAUGCGUGUGCUCACCGUAUCAGGCAUCUUUGUUGUCCAUGAACCAGCCUCGCCAGACAAGGAGGUUGUUUACGGGCUUACCCCUACCACACGUCUCCUCGUUAGCGACAAAGUUAACUUAUUUCCCAUUCUGUCUUUGAUGCUUGAUUCAACUGUCAUUUCCCCUUUCCUUGGCAUGCACUCAUGGUUUCUAGAUGAGUGCUCCACGUCCCUGUUCAAAAAGGCUCAUGGCCUAAAUGUUUGGGAGAUGGCUGACCAGGACAAUACUUACAACCAGCUAAUCAACAACGCAAUGGUUUCUGAUAGCAACUUUCUCAUGGACAUCAUCUUGAGGGAGUGUGGUGAUGUAUUUCUUGGCAUAAACUCGCUUAUUGAUGUCGCUGGAGGUCAUGGUGGAGCUGCCAGGGCAAUUACGAAGGCAUUCCCGCAAAUGAAAUGCAGUGUGUUGGAUCUCCCUCAUGUGGUUGCAGAAGCUCCUACUGAUGAGCAUGUGCUGUUUAUUUCUGGUGAUAUGUUUAAGCACACUCCACCAGCGGAUGCCCUUUUCCUAAAGUCUGUUUUUCAUGAUUGGGGCGAUGAAGACUGUGUUAAGAUAUUGAAAAAAUGCAAGGAAGCUAUCCCUCCCAGAGAUGCUGGUGGAAAGGUGAUAAUUGUUGAUAUGGUGGUUAGAUCUGGGCCAAAUGAGAUUGUAACAAGAGAGACACAGGUUUUGUUUGAUCUCUUUAUCAUGUGUUUUGAAGGGAUCGAGCGAGAGGAAUUCAAGUGGAAAAAUAUAUUCAUGGAAGCUGGGUUCAGCAACUACAAAAUUAUAGCAGUCAUGGGUGUUAGAUCUGUUAUUGAGCUCUACCCUUGAAUACUCUAUGAAAAAACUACCAUCUAUAGCCGGGUGUUUAUCAAUAUUUUGCUCAUGAGACAACGGUUAAUAUUAAGAUGAUGUGCCUAUGUUUCA